AUGGACUCUGCUGGAGUUAACGCCACGCAGGCAACGUGUGGCGCACAGUCGAAGGGAUAUCAUGUCUGUGGGUGUUACGGCCACACGCAAGACCUGCCGGACUACAAGAAAAUUACGGUGCCACGCACACUGCAGGGUUUUCAUGCGAAGGAGGGUGGCGGCUGCCCUUGCAUUCCCAAGACCAAGACAAAGAAUAUGGGUGCGUUGUACUGCAGUAGGAAUCCCAUGACUCGUGACAGGGUGAUGCCAGUGAACACGUACCGCGCAUAUGGUCCCGGGGAACACAAGGUGCAUCCAGCGGACGAGAUUGCGGCAGAGAACACUGCUGUUCGUGAUCCGGAAACUGGCACGCGUCUGCUGUUUCCCAAUUCACGCAACUACGGUGGCACAGCAAGGCAGCACGAGUUUCCUGCCAUUGGAAAGCCAAGGCGAAAGACCCGGGAAGAAAGGGAGUACGAGCGGAUGCAGGACCGCAAAGAGUUCCUUAAGGCUGUACUGCGUGAUGAGAUGCGGGAUCGCCUAAGCGCUGAGGAUCAGCUGGAGGAGUUGGAAAACAAACUCAAUCUUCGCGGCAGCCGUCACGCGGAAAUGCUGUUGGCAGCUGCGGCCAGACGAGACGCAGAAAGACAGGGUGGAGAGGAUGAGGCAAAGACGGUGGGAGAACAGUACGAGAAGGUGAUGGAGGAGCUUCGGUUUGUCACGAGGCAGCCUGUGGGAUCGAAGGUGAACAUCAUCCGCCUGUAUUACCUCCUUGAGGAGCAAGAGAGACUGAAAUAUCUGCGAGAAAAGGGAAAAAAGCAGGAAACUUGGUCCACAACAAGAAACCGAUAA